AUGAGGAUACAAUUUUCAUUGCUCCUGCUCAUAGGAGCCGCCUUAUUGGCAAACACCCAAGAAAUUAAACCAAAACCAGAAUUAUUGCCAGCCGACGAAGCGCCAAAAGAUCCAGAAGUCUCAUUUUCUGAAGGCGAACCAUUUGAGCUCACCGAUUCUGGUCUUGAUAGUUCAAAGAAUGCCACAAUUCCAGUUGCCGAGCCAGCUCCAGAGCCAGAACCAGAACCAGAAGUUGCACCAACUCCAGAACCAGAACCAGCUAUCAAGUUUGAUAAUAUUGAAUCGGAAGAUUAUGGAGAUGUUGCUGAAGCAGUGAAUGUUCAACCAGAUGAGUUGAAUACUGAAGUUAUUGAACAACUUGUUGAUCGAUUUUUGAACACUGGAUCUAUUGAGGUAAUUUUCAUUGUGAAAAAAUGCAAAAUUAAUUUAUCAAUUUUUUGUGCAGAACAAAGAUAAGAAGGGACCAACUUACGCUAACCCAGUUGCUCAAGCUCUUGUUGGAAGCAGUGAUUACUGGAAAACCGAUCUUCUUCAAGAAGCUGGAUCGAUCAAAGAUGAAGAACGUAUUAAAACUUGGUUGGCUGGUUACGAAGUCGAGGCAAUUAAAGUGUUGAGAGAAGUUGCGCUUUCCGGAUGGCGUUAUUUUAAUAAUGCGUCACCAUCGGCUAAAAUGGCUCUUGAUGAGGCCGAAGAUGUUCUCUCCAAAUUUGUUCGUUCUACUUCAAUGCAAGCUAAACAAUUUGAUGUUGCAUCGGUUUCCGAUGAAAAUACUAAACGUCAAUUAGGAUAUAUUGCUUUUGAAGGAAUGUCGGCUUUGGCACCAAGCAGAUUCGAAGAAUUCGGACAAGCUCAAGCUACUAUCAAUCGUGAUUUGAAGGACUCAACUGUUUGUGAUAAGGAUGUUCCACCACCAUGUGCGCUUCAGUGAGUGAAAUGAAAUAAAAUUUUCAGAAAAAUUAUGGAAAAAUGUGUGUAUUUUUUUCUUCAAAACAUUUUUAAAAUUUUAUUAAUUUUAGGCACCUUUCCAAAUACUUGCUUUUUCAGAAAAAUUGAUAUGGAUUCAAUUUUCCGCAACGAAAAAGAUCCAUCCCGCCUUCAACAUCUCUGGGUUUCAUACGUCACAUCAAUCGCCAAAUCCAAACAAGCCUACAGUAAUCUCAUUCAAAUCUCAAACGAAGGAGCUAAACUCAACGGUUUCUCUGAUGCUGGAGCCAUGUGGAGAAGCGCUUUCGAUAUGUCAUCAAAAAACAAAAAACCAGUAUUUGAUUUGAAAAAGCAAAUUGAUAAAAUCUACAGUACUAUUCAACCAUUCUACCAACUUGUGAGUUGUUUUUUUCUUAAUUUUUCGAAUAUCAAUGUGAUUAUUUGUAGCUCCACGCAUACAUUCGUCGUCAAUUGUCUGGAAUUUAUUCAAAUCCAGCUGGAUUGAGUAAAGAUGGAGCUAUUCCAGCACAUUUAUUCGGAUCUUUGGAAGGAGGUGACUGGGCUGCCCAUUAUGAGCAAACUAAACCAUUCGAUGAAGAAUCUGAAACACCAGAAGCUAUGCUUGCUGCAUUCAACAGUCAAAAUUACACCACAAAGCAAAUGUUUGUUAAUGUGAGUUUACUCAAAACCCGAUUAUAAAUUACAACUUUUCCUAAAAUUCAGGCUUACCGUUAUUUCAAAUCUGCUGGUUUCCCAAAACUUCCAAAAACUUUCUGGACAUCAUCAAUUUUUGCCAGAGUUUGGAGUAAAGAUAUGAUUUGUCAACCAGCUGCUGCUUUAGAUAUGCGCGCUGCCAAUGACUUCAGAGUUAAAGCUUGUGCUCAACUCGGAGAGCCAGAUUUCGAAUUGGCUCACUCACUUCUCAUCCAAACUUAUUAUCAAUUCUUGUACAAGGAUCAAAGCUUGUUGUUCAGAGAGCCAGCUUCGCCAGUUAUUAGUGAAGCAAUUGCUGACGCUUUUGCUCAUCUUUCAACAAAUCCACAUUAUUUGUAUUCUCACAAACUUGUUCCAUCUGAACAUUUGGAAAUCAAGGAUUCCGUGAUUAUCAAUAAACUUUACAAGUGAGUGUUUUUUCUUCAGAAUGUUUCUUUUUGAAAAAAAAAUCUAUAGUAUUUUAUUCGUAUUUUUAAUAUUUUCAGAGAAUCUCUUGAAACAUUCGCUAAACUUCCAUUCACCAUCGCUGCUGAUAACUGGCGCUACGAACUUUUUGAAGGAAAAGUUCCAGCUGCUAAAAUGAACGACCGUUGGUGGGAAAUCCGUUCUCAAUACGAAGGAAUCCGCUCCCCUCAACCAUACAAUAACUCGAAUUUGGAUGCUUUGAUCCACACUGCCGUUUCACAAGUUCACUCGCCAGCCACUAAAACUUUGAUCAGUUAUGUUCUCAAAUUCCAAAUCUUGAAGGCACUUUGCCCAGAAGGAACUAUCUUGGUAUGUUUCUACAUAUUUUGAAUUAGAAAAACAAAUAUAUUAAUAAUAUUGAAUUCAGAGCGAGGGAUGUAUUUUGUCAGAAGAUACCACUGAAAAACUCAGAGAAACAAUGAAACUCGGAUCAUCAAUCACUUGGUUGAAAGCAUUGGAAAUGAUCUCUGGAAAAGGAGAACUCGAUGCAGAGCCACUUUUGGAAUAUUACGAGCCACUUAUUAAUUGGCUCAGAAAUACCAAUGAAAUUGAUCAAGUUGUUAUUGGAUGGGAUGGACAAGGAACACCAUUCACAGCGUUAGUUUUUUUUUGACAUAGAAACAUAAAGCAGAAAAAAGGAGAAGAAAAGGGAGAAGAGAACGCACAUGAAAAAUGUGUUGGGAAAGGGAAGCGAGAGAUAAUGUCAGCAGCGUGGCGCAGUGGAAGCGUGCUGGGCCCAUAACCCAGAGGUCGGUGGAUCGAAACCACUCGCUGCUAAUCUUUUUUGUGUUUCCUUUAAUAUUUUGAUGUUUUUUGAAAAAACAUGACCUCACACACUUUCUUUAAAAUUAUUUGACCUACCAGAAAAAAAAGUCCCGAAAAACUGAGGUUUAGAAAUUCUAGGCAGUAAACUACAAGCUGUGUUUGACGUGAUGAUUCAAAAAAAAUAGAUCAAAAAGAUUAGCAGCGAGUGGUUUCGAUCCACCGACCUCUGGGUUAUGGGCCCAGCACGCUUCCACUGCGCCACGCUGCUGACAAUAUCUUUCCUUUUCUUUCCUUUCUCUAUUCUUUGUUCACACAAGCAAAUCAUGUUCCCUCUUGCACAGUGUGUAAUACUAGCCCAAACCGCUAUCCCUGAAAUUUUUUAAAACUUUUUCUAUUAUAUUAAUCUCCCAAUAACACAAAACAAAAUUUUCAGCGAAGAGAUUCCAAAAACUCGUCAACCAGGAGAUGGUGGAAACGGACUUCCAAGCGAAGAUCGUGUCGCUUUCCCAGGUGGAGAAUGUGUCAAUGGUCAAGAAUGUCUUCUCGAUUCUCAUUGUAAUGGAACUAUUUGUGUUUGUAACGAUGGAUUGUACACUUUGGAAAUUGGAAAUACUUUCAAUUGUGUUCCAUCAAAUCCAGCUGACAGUGGUUUCGGAGAUGGAAAGGGAGGACUUGUUAUUGGACUUUUCAAUAACGAAAAAGAAACUACACCUGAGCCAGAACCAGAACCAACUGCCAAAACAACAACAACUUCAUCAAAAGUUCCACGUGUCAGAGCAUCAUCAACAUCUUCAAGAUAUAUUCUUGCACUUAUUUGCUCAAUCUUCGCUGUUCUCUUCUUAUAA